AUGUCGGCCACCACAGCUCGUUCAGACCCGUUCAAGCCUGCGGCGCGGGUUGCAGGUCAACGACAGGACGUUUGGUCCAUUGUCAACGAAGCCGCUGCGGCUUCUCCUGUCCAGCCUAUCGUGAACAUGGGACAAGGGUUCUUCGGGUACAACCCGCCGCAGUUUGCCCUAGAUGCCGCGAAGGCUGCCCUUGACCGCGUCGACUGCAAUCAAUACUCGCCGACGAAGGGCCGCCCACGGCUCAAGAAAGCUCUUGCCGACGCGUACUCGCCCUUUUUUGGGCGCCAGCUAAACCCAGAUACCGAAGUCACAAUCACUACCGGCGCAAACGAGGGCAUGUUGAGUGCUUUCAUGGGGUUCAUUGAGCAAGGCGAUGAGGUUAUCAUUUUCGAACCCUUCUUCGACCAGUAUAUCAGCAACAUCGAAAUGCCCGGCGGCACUAUUCGAUACGUCCCUCUGCAGCCUCCGAAGGAUGGAGCCACCAAGACGUUACCUGCGUCCGAAUGGAGCAUUAAUUUUGACGAGUUGGAAAGGACGAUAAACCCUAAGACUAAGAUGAUUGUUUUCUCGCGCGAUGAACUCGAACGCAUCGGUGACCUUGCCGUGAAGCACAACCUCAUCAUCCUCUCCGACGAGGUCUACGACCGUCUCUACUAUGUCCCAUUUACCAGAAUUGCCACCAUGAAGCCAGAGUACUAUGAGCGGACGCUCACCGUCGGCUCCGCAGGCAAAGCCUUCUACGCCACCGGCUGGCGCGUCGGCUACCUGAUCGGACCCGAGCACUUGAUCAAGUACGUUGCCGGUGCUCACACCCGCAUCUGCUACAGCAGUGUGUCUCCUCUGCAAGAGGCAGCGGCCGUUGCUUUUGAGGAGGCAGACAAGCAAGGCUUCUGGGACCAGAGCCGAGAAGAGAUGAAGAGGAAGAUGGAGCGGUUCUGCGAGGUCUUCGAUGAGCUUAACAUUCCUUAUUCUGACCCUGAAGGUGGCUACUUCGUGCUGGCUAACAUGGCCUCCGUCAAACUCCCAGAGGGCUACCCUUUCCCUCCUCACGUUGCUAGCCGGCCGCGUGACUUUAAGCUCUGCUGGUUCCUUAUCCACGAAGUCGGUGUGGCUGCCAUUCCUCCGACGGAAUUUUAUACCGAUGCCAACGCACAUAUCGCUGAGGACUACCUCCGCUUUGCAGUUUGCAAGGAGGAUGACGUCCUCGAGACGGCGAAGGAAAGACUUCGUGGGCUGAAGAAGUAUAUCGUGCGGUAA